AUGAAGUCAAUAUUACAGGCUGACAAACCCUUUGGUGGUAAGGUGGUUGUUCUUGGAGGUGAUUUUAGGCAGACUUUACCAGUUGUGCUCAAAGCAUCAAGGCAGGACAUAGUACAUGCUACGAUAAACUCCUCUCCGUUGUGGAAUUUCUGUCGUGUCAUGAAGUUGACUAAGAACAUGAGAUUGCAGUCAUGUUCUUCUCCAUCUAAUGUGGAUGAGAUAAAAGAAUUUGGAGACUGGAUACUGAAUGUUGGUAAUGGGGACGUUGGGGAAGACAAUGAUGGUGAAGCUUCGAUAGAGAUUCCAGAUGACAUGUUGAUUGGUGAUUCAGAAGAUCCAUUCAGAGACCUACUCGAAUUCGUUUACCUGGAUUUGUUGAGUAACAUGUACGAUCGAGAUUAUUUUCAAGGGAGGGCAAUUCUUGCACCAACUAAUGAAUGCGUCGAGUCUGUGAACGAUCACUUAAUGUCUCUCCUUCCAGGAUAG